AUGGAAAAAUGUUUUAACUCGUACCCAGUUGUUCAGGGUUUUACAACAUUAAAUUUGUAUACACAACAAGAAUUUAAACGAGUUGGUGCUAAUAUUAUAUCUCAAGUCUCUUCUUUAAAAAGUGAAAAUAAAAAAGAAAAAUUUAGAGAAAAAUGCAAGAGCCUGGCUGAUUAUCUAAUUAAUACGAAAGAUCCAUAUAGGCGUUAUCAAGAAUAUAUUUGGAAAGGAGCACUAAGAACUUGGUAUAGUAAGAACUUUACAGGGAUUACUCAACAUGGUGGAUGUUUUAUGAUUUUUAACAAUGAAGAAAAAAAUCUUUUAGAAUUAAUUUAUGAUGCUUAUGAUUUCUGCGAAAAAAAAGAAAAAUAUAUGCAAAUACUAAGUAAUAAAUGUAGCGAAUAUGAAACGUGGUUUGAAUAUAGUAAGAUACAACUUCAGGAUAAAAGGAGUUUCAUUGAAAAAAGCUGCAAAAACAAAAAGGAACUAUUGGAACUUCCAAGAACCAAAUGCAACAUACUGAAAUCUGAAACAUUUAAUCAAACACCUGUAUGCAUAUUUAACCCUCCAGCUGUACCUGAAGAUUCUCAGUCUAAAUCAAAAAGUGUGGAAUCAGAAGAAGAUAAUAUUAAGGGUCAAGUUCUAUCUGCAUCUGAUAAUCAAAAAAACAAAGAAGAUUCAUCUACAAAUUCAGAUAAGGAUGAAGAUAAAAUCUCUACAAAAGUUGAAGUUCUAAAUAAGGAAACCAAAACAAGUCAAAUUAGUCUUACAGAAAAUGAAACACCACAUUUUUUACAGUCUGAAUCUAUAAGUCCACGAUCUCAAGAUUCAAUAAAACGCCAUGAUACUGAAAUUAUGUCAUUACCUCCUAAAGGGUCAAAUUCUGUCUCACUAACUCCUUUCCCCACACACCCUAUAAUUCAAAAUGACCCUUUUAGAGGAUCAAUAUUUGAUGAUGAUGAAAUCAUAAAAAAAAUAGAAAUACAUGAAGAACACAAAAUAAAAAAUGUAAACACGACAAAUAUAAAAAAGAAAAGAUCAAAAACUAUAAUAGAAGUACAUAUGGAAGUACUCAAUGAAUAUAAAAAGGAUGAAUGGGAAUCAACUAAAGUAGAAUUAUUAGAAAUAUGCAUAGAAGAGAUCAUGAAAGAGCAUUAUAGAACAUAUAAUAAUAUAACAAAUAAUGAACAUAUGGAGAAUAUUAGUAGUAGCAAUGAGAAUGAAAAAAACAAAAUACUAUGGAAUAAGUGGAGCAAAGCAAAUAGAAGUCUUUCUAAAAAUCUUAGAAAAGCAUAUUGGUUUAUAAAUUUAAAAAAUGAAUGGAAAAAUGAAAAAUCUUCCUUAAAAAAAACUGAAGAAUUUAAUAAGAAUCAUAAAAAAGAAAUUCAAAAACUUCCAUUUAUAGAAAGAGAGAAAGAGUUAUGGAAACGGUGGAUAUCAAAAAAAAUUAUUAUUAUAGAACAAUAUAUUGAACAGGACUUGUCUGAGGAAAUAACAGAGGAAUUACAAAAUAUGUCUUGUGAAUAUGAAAAUGAAGGAACUCACGAAUAUAAAACUUUGAUAAAUACAAGAGAAGUGGAGAACAAAGGUUAUAAAGAAUUAUAUAAAUAUAUAAAAAAAAAAUUACUAACAAAAUUGUGCAUACUCGUACUUAUGCUAAUAUUAGAUGAAUGCCAACAAGAAGAACAUAUGGAAUAUAAGGAAUCCUAUUUGGAUAAUUCCAUAAAUGAAUGGAAAAAGGAAGAAAUAACAAAAAAUAUAAAUGAUAUGAGCGCAGACGCUUCGGAAAAUAAGGAAAACAGCGGUGAUAAAGUAAAUACGAAAAAUAUGGAAAAUAUUAGUUAUAUAUGGAAGGAUAAUUUUAGAAAAGAGUUAAAAUAUUGGACUACAGAAGAUGAUACAUAUGUAAAUUCCAUGAAUAGUGAUAAUUACGCAAGCAAAUACUAUUGA